AUGGCCGCCCAGAUCACUAUGACUCCCGUAGUUGCGCCCCCUGAGAUGAAGAAGGAUCCCAUCUACGAUCCAGGCAAAUACGUUCCUCCAGCUGGAAAGCUGAACUUGCCCCUCCGUACUCGCCCCAAGGGUGUAGAAGGAACCAAUGGAGCUCUGCAUCAUCCCAACUCCGAUUUUGCCAGCCUUGCUCGAGAUACCAUGUACAAUGCUCCAAUCAUGGUCGGUGGAAUGAACCCAAAUGGUCAUUUCAGCCAACGCCAAGUCACUCCUCCCGGUCCGUCCAUGGCCGGAAUGCCUGUUCCUCCAACUGUGUACUAUCCCGGCUUCGUUGGCGGUGCACCUAUCACUCCAGUGAACUUUCCCUCUAUGCCAUGGGGAGCCCAAGGAUCCGGGUUAAGCCAUACUCCCGCCAGUUCUUGGUCCUUUGAGGAAAAGAAUCCCUUGAGUGACUAUUCGGGUGUCAGCAAUGGCUUCCAUUCGUAUGGGUCAAUGAUGGAUCAGCGCACUCCUAUGUGCCCUUAUCCAAUGGUACAAGGCAUCCAGUUACAACAGCCAUGUCUUCAGUACCAGAUGAUGAAGACGCCAAAUGGCUACAUCGUUCAGGAUCUUGAGAUGCUCACCCAGCAGGAUCCCCCGAUUCCUCGGGCCAUUCCUGCCAUGUGGACUAACCAGUCCGACUUGACCCUUGCUAAAUGCCUUGAGAACCGUGAGGGUAUCACCAACGUCUACAUCCGUGGCUUUCCCCCUGAGACCACUGACGAGAUGCUUCACGCAUAUGCCUCCCGCUUUGGGGAAAUUGAUCGAUGCAAGGCAAUUGUGGAUCUGGAUACGGGACUCUGCAAGGGGUUUGCAUUCGUCCAGUUUUACAAUUUUGAGUCAUGCGAGAACUGUAUUCGUGGCUUCUACUACCUCGGCUAUCAAGCUUCUUUCGCUCAGAAAAGUCGCAACUCUCGUCUCAAGGACUUGGAAGAUAGGAACUCCACAAACAUUUACUGCACCAACGUACCAAUUGAGUGGUCCGAGGCUGACUUACGUCGCCACUUUGAACCCUAUCGGGUAGUAUCUGAAAAAAUCAGCCGUGAUGAAAAGACAGGAGUCAGCAAGGAAGUUGGGUUUGCUCGUUUUGAGAGCCGUGAAAUCGCUGAGCGUGUAGUCGAAGAGUUCCAUAAUGUUGCCGGCAAGGACGGACACAAACUGCUUCUUCGCUUCGCUGAUACCAAAGCCCAAAAGAUUUUGAAGCAGCAAUCCAACGAACGUCGUGCUUACCGCGCCGGGGAGUACAAUUAUUCUGUCGAGGUAGUUCAAGGCUCGACGCCUUCUCCUGCGACCUCACGGACCUUGGGAAAUGAACAUGUGUCACCUCUAUCUUUUCAGUCUCCUGUCGGUAUUGGCCCUGCGUGGACUCCUGCUACAACAAUCUCUCCCUCAAUUCCUGUGAAGAACGCUGGUGUUCGUCGUGCCCUUAAUGGAGUUCACCCGUUUGGAGCUCGUCCUUCGACAAACGGUGAGAAUGCUUCGGCGACCUCACGUGGUCGAGCUAUUGCGCCUGCUCCUGGUGCAUUGCAGCAAAAAGACGUUGUCAUUUCGCCUACUAAGCCUGCAGUUACCGUGAAUAUCACCACACCUCAGACCCUUACCAAAAAGACACCUGCAUUGCGCAAGUCGAGCUCCGUCUCUCCAGUUGCAUCCCGAAAGAACGUCGAGAAAUUUUCUCCAAAGUCCGCUGCUGCUUAG